AUGUACACUAUUAUUGUCUUCACUGUUUUUGGAAAUGUGUUUGUCAUCAUCUCCAUUGCUCACUUCAGACAGCUUCACACACCAACUAAUUUUCUCGUUCUCUCAUUAGCGGUUGCUGACUUGUUAUUAGGAGGAUUUGUUAUGCCUCCCAGUAUGGUCCGAUCACUUGAAACUUGCUGGUACUAUGGAGACUUGUUUUAUCGAUAUUAUGCUGUGUGUGAACCACUAAAAUACAAAGCUAAAAUCACUGUUUGUGUUGCAGUUUAUAUGGUUGUUAUUAGUUGGAGUGUUUCAGCUGUUAUUGGAUUUGGAAUGAUCUUUCUAAAGUUAAAUAUAAAGGGGAAGGAAUAUGUCUACUAUGAGAAUGUAUAUUGUGUAGGGGGCUGUACUCUGAUACAGACUGAAAUAUCUAGCCUGAUUUGUUCCCUGCUGGCAUUUUACAUCCCUGGGUUUAUUAUGUUAGGAAUCUAUUUAAAUUCUACAUUUAAUCCUCUUGUCUAUGCUUUCUUUUACAGCUGGUUCAGAAAAGCCCUUGGUAUGAUUGUGUUUGGUCAAAUAUUUCAAGCCAAUUCUUCAAGAACAAAACUAACUACAGAUUGA